AUGUUGGGCCUGCAGGCCGCCGAGGCUGCACCGGGAGCGAGGCGGGGAGAACGCCCCUCGAGAGGCCGAAACGCCAAACAACAGCGCCGGGAGCCGCUGAACCGCCCACUUCCGCCUGCCGCCGGCCUCUUCCCUUUUAUAACCUCGCCGCCACCGCGCGCCCGCGCGUCCUUCCGGCGCGAGCCGGCUCUCCCAGGACGCUUUGCGGCCUCGGCGCUGCGGAGGCGGAGGCGGAGCCGGAGGGCGGGGCGGGCGCCGGGCGCCGGCGGCCCUGGCUGGGCGGUCCUCAGCGGGGUUCGCCCGGGGAGCCCCGAGCCCGCGCGGGAGCCCCCAGCAGUCCGGCCUCGCUUUGUGACGCGGGGCGCGGAGGUUGGGCGGGGAUCUGCCGGCAGGCGGCGGCGUCCUGCUAGACCUUGGGCCGCCGCCCCGCCGCGCGGGCCUGCGGGGUCUCCGCCCCGCGUCGCUGGCUUCCGAGCGGGGCCAAAAGAAACAAAACCUCGCCUCCAUGUUGUUUUUAUGAUGUCGGAGAACAGCUUCUCCGUGGCAAACGCAGACAGCCUGAGCAUGCCGAGACCGUCAGGGUCCUGCGGGCACGAGGGGACGUGGAAUGCCCGCGAAAUCCGAGUAAUGAGAACCACGGGGCCGCGCGCCGAGCCUGCCCGCUGCGGAGCGCGGCAAAGAGACCAAGAGGGAAAGAGAUGGAAGAGAGAGAGAGAGGGAGAAAUUCUCCAUCAGCGGAUUCAUCUUUCAGAUGCCUACAACAGCCAGGUCCGGGCCAGUCCAGAAGCGAGAGCCAGAAAUUUCAUCUGGUCCCCGACAGACCAGAUGUCCUGCACCAGCCACAUCUGUGACCAAGUGGAGGCGGAAGGCAGAAUCCUAGAACUGAAGUUGCAAACCGCCAAGCACUGCCAUCUUGGAGGAGCCUGGAGAAGACAAGGCCUUGAACAUAGAGAGCCUGGGGGUCCUUACUUUGUUCCUGAUCAGAGGGUAAGUUGUUCAAUAUUUGAAUCAUCAAAUCUGAUGUCAGCUCUGGUUCUUUUGUAGAUCCUCUUUAUCAGGGUAAAAGAUUUCCCUUUUCACCUAUUUGGCUGAUAGUGAGGUGUUUUUUUUGGUUAUUAUUAUUGUUUUGUUUGUGUGUUUUUAAAUCAUAAGUGAGCACUGAUUUUUUUUCAAGAUAUUCUCUCUGCAUCUAUUGCCAUAACCCUGUGGUAUUUCUCUUUGAUUCUGUAAAUGUGAUAAAAUACAGAGAUUGUUGAAUGUUUGAUCAC